AUACGUAAAACUUGCAAAGAACCUUCCAGAUAUUAAGAAGCCCAGGAACUUUCCCGACCCUUGAGCUUCUAUAUAAUCUCCCAUAUAUCUUCACCAUCACCGGUUGUUUUAGUUUGUUUGAUCAAAGCUCUACUUCUCAUUUACAUUCGUCUUCAACAAUGCCGACCCGAUUUGGUGGAGCCGUGACUCAGGACUGGGAGCCCGUUGUGCUUCACAAGUCUAAACCCAAGGCUCAGGACCUACGCGAUCCCAAGGCCGUGAACCGAGCGCUGCGGUCGGGUGCACCGGUUCAGACCAUCAAGAAAUUCGAUGCUGGAUCGAACAAGAAAACGGCGGGACCAGUGGUGAACGCUAGGAAGCUUGACGAAGGGACGGAACCGGCAGCUUUAGACCGGGUUCCUACGGAUGUUAGGCAAACCAUACAAAAGGCCCGGCUGGAGAAGAAGUUGAGUCAGGCUGAGCUAGCUAAGCUGAUAAACGAGCAGCUCAAGGUGGUUCAAGAGUACGAAAACGGGAAGGCAGUGCCUAACCAAGCUGUGUUGGCCAAGAUGGAAAGGGUUCUCGGCGUGAAAUUGAGAGGCAAGUCAGGGAAAUGAUCCCGUAACGCCGUUAUUGUAAAACAGGGUGCUGAUGUUUUUAGUGUUGUUGAACAUAUGUGUUUGUGGUUGUUGUUUGGAUCUCAUGAAAGGAGCCGAAUUGUACUGAUUUGAUAUCAUGAAAACGAAAAAUUCUACUUUGAUUUGUGCUUU